AUGGAAGAUAAUAGUAAGCUACUCGAGAGUGAUAGCAUCAGUCGGGUGCUCAACUCAGAUGCAUCGUUGGAUAUCCUUUGUACUCGUCUUAAGCAAAGUAUAACCACGGGUGAGGAGUUCUCCAAGUUUGUAAAGAGGAAGGCACAAAUUGAAGACGAUCACUAUACACAAUUAAAGAAAUUUGCAGGAAAUACAAGAUUAUCAAUCAAAACGGCACUGAGUGCCUCAAAAUUGAAGUCAGACCUGUUUCUGGCCCGCAUGGACCUGAUCAUUGAAUACGACGAGAAGUUGUUCAACGUUGGAUCUCUGUACGUCAAGGCAUUGAAUAUCAUGUACGACGAGUUGUUCGCGUUAAUAGGGACCAUGGCUAGAUCCAGGAAAAUGAUCAAAGAUGACGGGAAGAAGAAAGAAAAGGAGUGUUCUGACGCCAUCUUGGCUGCGGAGAAGGCAAAACAGAAGUACUAUCAUUUAUGUGACGAUUUGGAGAAAUUGAAAGCCAGUGAUCCCAACAAGAAAUCAUUUUCACUUAAGAACAAGACUGUAGAGCAACAGGAGGACGAAUUGCAGAGGAAAGUGGACUUGGCUGAUCAAGAUUAUAAAUUAAAGGUAUCUACAUGCAAGAAAUUGAAGGACGAGAUCUUAGUGGUUCAUCGUCCCACCAAUUCGAAAAAGUUGAAGAACUUGAUCUUGGAAUUGGACAUUGCCAUGAACGUUCAACUACAGAAAUAUGCUACGUGGAACGAAAACUUGAUCAUGAACAGUGGGGUGUUGGUGUCUCCGUUGAAACAGGAGGGAGUUUCACAUAGCAAACCAAGUAUGAAGGAGAUUGCUAGUUCAAUUGAUAACGAGAAGGAUUUGUACACAUAUUUGAUCAAGUACGAGAAACUGCCUUCCACAAAAAUGUUACAGCCAGUUGAAUACGUGGUUCAUCCUAGCUUGGCCAAGAAGGUGGGCAAUAGCAACCCUAAACCAUUUUUGAACACAAAGAGUACUGUCCAAGAUUAUAACGGUAAGUUAUCAACACCAAAUGCAAACGCAGGAGGAUAUGCUAAUAGUUCCUCUACGUAUGGUACUGCGGCGGGAGCUAGCUCCUUAGGCUCCAGCACUCUAGGAUCUAGCAACGUAGGUUCCAGCAACUUGGGAUCCAACAACUUGGGAUCUAACACCUUGGCAGGAAACCAUAGCAAUAAUACGUCAGCUUCUCCGCCAUAUCCCUCCAAUAAUUCAUACCCAUAUAACUCGCUUGACCCUGCCACCGGUAGCUCUCCUGAGUACAAUGGUGGUGGAGUAGCUCCUACUAGUGCUAGUCCUGCCCAGCCCACAUUCGGUAUUUCGAUCGAGCUGCUUAUUGUGUUUGCAGGGAUUGAUAACGUUCCACUUGUAGUGAAGAAGUGUAUCGAUACUUUGGAAGCGUACGGUCUCAAUGUAGAGGGAAUAUACCGUGCUCUGGGUAAUGUCAAUGCUGUUACACAGCUCAAGGAGUCAAUUGACGAGAAAUUCACAAAUUAUCUUCUUAUUGGAUCCAAUAUAAACCCAUCCAAUGUCCUUGACACUGACGUAUAUACCGUUGCUUCCCUUUUGAAGCUCUAUUUUUCUUCGCUUCCCGAGCCCUUACUCACGAGCGAAUACUACCAGUCCUUUAUUGAUACCGUCAAGUCUCAGGAUGAAAACUAUAUUGCUAAGAAGUUGCACCAUUUGGUGUUCAAUUUGCCCGAUGGAGCUUAUUUCACAUUAAGAGCUUUAAUAUUCCAUCUCAACAAGGUUGCAAAACAUGAAGAACAAAACAGAAUGAGCAUCAAGAAUUUGUCAAUAAUCUGGGGUCCUGCCAUAAUGAAUGACAACCUGAUGAGUCCACAGGAUCUUACCUACAAGAGUAAGGUAGUCGAGGAGCUCAUGUUAAUUGCUGAUGAGAUUUUUGAAGCAGAUUAG